UGAAUCAACAAGCAAGGCCUUCACAACUGGUGCUCCAACCUCCACCAGUACUACUCUAAUUACCAUUGCUGCUCCAAUCAGCACAGCUCUAAUGAUCAAGAGCACCACCGCAGCCGCUCCAACAAGAACCACAGCUGCUUCAAACAGCGCCUCCACCAGCACCGCUCUAACAAGCACCACAGCCACUCCCACCACCACUACCAGUCCAAACAGCGCCGUUACGACAACUACGAGCACUCCUCCAUCUGCCAGCUCCGCUUCAACCACCACCACUGCUGCUCCAACCAGCGCCUCCACCAGCACUGUUCCAACCGCCACAGGCGCAUUAACAACAAAGGCCUUCAGUGCUGCUUCUCCAACCACCACAGCUGCUUCAACCACCACCAGUGCCACUCCAAACAGCGCCUCCACCAGCAUUGUUCCAACCACCACAGCUGCAUCAACCAUCACCAGUGCCGCUCACUCCUGUGCCACUACAUCUACUAGCGCUGUACCUACCACCACUAGUGCAUCAACAACCAUGGCCUCCGGCUGUGCCCCUCCAGCCACAACUGCUUCUCCAACCACCAGCAGUGCGGCUCCAAAAACCAUUACCGCUCCAACGAUCAAGAGCACUGCUCCCACCACCACUACUACUACAAACAGCGCUGUUCCUCCAACUAUAAUCAUUCCUCCAACCACCAGUUCCGCUCCAACAACCACCACAGCUGCUUCAACCAGUGCCUCCUCCAGCACUGUUCCAACCACCACAGGCGCAUCCACAAUCAAGGCCUUCACAAUUGCUGCUCAAUACAACACAGCCACUCCCACCAUAUCUACCACUCAAAAUAGCGCCGUUCCAAUAACUACGAGCACUCCUACAAUCACCAGCUUGGCCUUAACAACCACCACAGCUACACCAAAAAGCGUCUCCACUGCUCCAACUUUUUCAAACAGCCCCUUUCCUUCCACCACAGCUGCUUCAACCACCACCAGUGCCACUCCAAACAGCGCCUCCACCAGCGCUGUUCCAACCACCACAGCCGCUUCAACAACAACCACAGCUUCUUCACACAGUGCCUCCACCAGCGCCACUCUAAGAAGCACCACAACCACUACCACUCCAAACAGCGCCGUUCCGACAACUACGAGCACUCCUCCAAUCACCACAGCUGCUUCAAACAGCGCCUCCACCAGCCUCCACCUGCACUGUUCCAACCACCACAGGCCUCCUCCAACUACAAGAACUCCUCCAACCACCAGUUCAACUCCAGCAACUACCACAGCUGCUACAGAAAGCGCCUCCACGAGCGCCGCUCUGCCAAGCACCACAGCCACUCCCACCACAUCUACCACUCCAAAUAGUGCCAUUCCGACAACUACGAGCACUGCUCAAAUCACCAGCUCCACUUCAACAACCACCACAGCUGCUCCAAACAGCGUCUCCACUGCUCCAACUUUGUCAACCAGCCCCUCUCCAACCAGUACAGCUACUUCAAGCAACGCCUCCACCACUGCUGCUCCAACCACCAAAGCUGCUUCAACAACAACCACAGCUACUUCACACAGCGCCUCCACUAGCGCUGCUCUAGCAAACACCACUACCACCACUCCAAACAGCGCCAUUCCGACAACUACGAGCACUCCUCCAACUACCAGCUACGUUCCAACAACCACCACAGUUGCUUCAAGAAGCGCUUCCACCAACACAGCUGCUCCAAGCAGUGCCUCCAACACUGACGCUCCAACCACCACAGCUGCUUCAAACACCACCAAUGCCGCUCCAACCAUCGCCUCCACCAGCACUGUUCUAACCGCCACAGGCGCAUCAACAACCAAGACCUACACCACUGCUUCUCCAACCGCCACAGGUGCUUUAACCACCACCAGUGCCGCUCCAAUCAGCGCAGCUCCAACGAUCAAGAGCACUGCUCCAACCACCACGGCUGCUUCAAACAGCGCCUUAACCAGCGCCGCUCUAACAAGCACCACAACCACUCCAAACAGCACCAUUCCGACAACUACGAGCACCCAUCCAUCCACCACCUCCGCUUCAACAACCACCAAAGCUGCUCCAAAAAGUGCCUCCACCAGCGCUGCUCCAACUUCCACAGCUGAUUCAACCACCACCAGUGCUGUUCCAACUUUAUUAACCAGCACAGCCGCUCCAACCAGCGCCUCCACCAGCACUGUUCCAACCACCGCAGGUGAAUCAACAAGCAAGGCCUUCACCACUGCUGCUCCAAACACCACAACUGCUUCAACCACUACCACAGCUGCUUCAGACAGCGCUUCGACCAGCGCCGAUCUAACAAGCACCACAACCACUACCACUCCAAACAGCGCCGUUCCGAGAACUACGAGCACUGCUCCAAUCACCAACUCCACUCCAACAACCACCACAGCUGCUCCAAAAAGCAUCUCCACUGCUCCAACUUUGUCAACCAGCCCCUCCCCAACCAGCACAGCUGCUCCAAGCAGCGCCUCCAACACUGAUGCUCCAACCACCACAGCUGCUUCAAACACCACCAAUGCCGCUCCAAGCAGCGCCUCCACCAGCACUGUUCUAACUGCCACAGAUGCAUCAACAAAGGCCUUCACCACUGCUUCUUCAACCACCACAGGUGCUUUAACCACCACCAGUGCCGCUCCAAUCAGCGCAGCUCCAACGAUCAAGAGCACUGCUCCAACCACCACAGCCGCUUCAACAACAACCACAGCUGCUUCACACAGCGCCCUCACCAGCGCCGCUCUAAUAAGCACUGCAGCCACUCCCACCACCACUACCAGUCCAAACAGCGCC